AUGAUGUAUUUAAAAAAUAAAUUAAAUAUGCAGAAUAUUACUAAUAACCAUGAGAAAAUGAAUGAACCUUAUAUUUAUAUUGGAAAUGUAGAUACUGAAAAUUUUUUAAUGAAAACAAGUAAUAAAUCAAAAUUACAAGUAAAAUCAGAAGACUCUAUUUUGAAUUAUAAAAAUAAUAAUAUAAUUCAAAAUAACUCUUAUAAAAAUAUCUACUUGCUAAAUAAAAAUAUAAGAAAAGAAAAUGAAUUCUUAUGUAAAGAAAUAAAUUCUAAAACACAAUUAAUUAACGAAAACACAGGAAAUUUAAUUAAUUUAAAUACAAAACCUCAUAUAUGUCAAAAUAUGAAUGCAAAUUGCAUAAAUAAAAAUAUUCAAUUAAAUAAUUCCUUUAAUAACAAUAUAGCAAUAAUAAAAGACAGUAAAAUAAAAGUAAGUACACAAAAUAAAUAUGCAAAAAAUAAAAUAAAUGUCCUUAUAAAACAAAGUAACUCAAUGAAGUUGAACAGAGAUAUUAGUGAAAAAAAAAAUUACACUAUAAGAAAAUUUUCUGAAUUAUAUUCUGAAAAUAGUAAAAAAGAAUAUGGACAGAAAUAUUUUAUUUACAAUAAUCAUUCUUUAUAUAAAUUAAAAAAUAAUGAAAACACUUUGUCUAAUGAAUAUGAGAAUACAUCAAUAAAAUUUCCAAAAUUUUUUUCUUUAAAUACAAAACAGAAGAUGGAUGAUUAUUCUAAUGUUAUUAGAUCAAGUAAUUGUGAAAAAAAAAAUAUUUUUAAUAAAGUUGAUUAUAAAAUAUAUAAUAAAAACAUAAAUGAUUUAAAAAAUAAAGAUAAUUUUUAUCUCAAUAAUCCUAUUUCUUUUAUUGAAAAUAAUAAAUAUGAAACGUGUAGUAAAAAUACAGAUAAUAGAUACAAUACAUUACAAAAUUAUAUUAGAAAAAAAAAUAGUCUAAAUGAUAUACAUAAAGAAAAUUUAUUUAUAAAACAAAACGUUAAUUCUAAUCAAACAUUUAAUAAUAAUAAUUCUUUUAAUGACAAUAUAAAUAAUAACAACGAAAAAUUAAUUCAUUUAAAAACCAUUAGUUUAAGUAACAUUCUAGAUAACAAAUAUACAAAUUUUAAUAAAAAUAAUAAUGAAAAAAUUAAUUUUCUUCAUCUAAAUAAAAAUAAAAAGGAUGUUCAUGAUAAAAAAAUAGUUAAAUCUUUUAGUUGCAAAUACUUUUCCUUAAACAAAAGUUUUCAAUCAACAAACUCUGAAAACAUAUGCAAAGAUAAUUCUAAUAAAUUGAAUCUAAAAUUUUGCAACAAGUUAAAUAGCAUUAAUAAAAAAGAUAAUAAAGUUAUUUUAAUACCACUAUCAAAAAAUGUAAAUUACGUUGGUGAAACGGAAAGACAUGAUAAAAUUAGCAAUUUAGUCAGGUUAUGUAGUAAAACAAAAAAUGAAGAUGUGUAUUUAAAAUAUAACAGAAAAAACAUAAAACAGUGUGAAAAUAAAAUAGAGAAAACAUAUGAGAAUGAAAUAGGAGAAAAUGGAGAAAAUGAAAAAAAAGAAAAAUAUGAAGUCAAAAUAAAAGGAAAUGAUAAAAGUGAGAUAAAAGAAAUAUGUGAAUAUGAAAUAAAAGAUAAUAAUGAAAAUAAAAGCAUUCUUUCUUGUAUUGAAAAAAUAAAAAUAGAUCAAAAAAAUAAUGAAAAAAGAACAAAACUAGAUGAAGGUAAAUUAGAAAAUAACAAAUGUAGGCUUGCUGAGACAGAUACAAAUAAUAAAAAAAUUGAACUCAAUUCACUACAAAAUAUUAACAAAACAUAUUGUGCAUAUAGUAUAAAUAACCAUAAUUUUGAAAAUAGUCAUAAAAAAAACAAAGCACAAAUUAACAAUGACAAUAUCAAUGCUAAUAAUAUAAAUAAUGGAGUUUCUUCUAUGCAAAAUAAUAGUGAAUUAAGAGAAAACGAAAAAAAAAAAAAAAUGGCUACUAAAGGGAAUAUCAUUUUUAAAAAUGAUUUAUCUGAAAAUCAUAUAAUUGAAUUACUAAAAAUUUUAAAAAAAGUAAAAAAAAUAAAAAACAAUAAUACCAACAUAAAUGAAUUUAUUUUGAAGGAAGGUGUAUAUGAAAAAAUUAUAAACUACAUAAUGUGUAAUGAUAAUGAAAAUAUAAAUUACUCAAGACCUGAAGAAUUAAAUAUACCUAAAGAUGAAGAAAAAAUAGUUGAUAAAAUAUUUAACAAGAAUGUAAAUUAUAUAACUAAUUCAAAUGAUUACAAAUAUAAGAUGGAAAAUUAUAAUUUAAAUGAAAAAAUGAUUCAUAAAGAAAAUGAAUUUAAAAAUGAUGACAAUAAUAAAAAAUUAACAAAAAAUAUUAAAGAAAAUGUUUCCUCUAUUAAUAAAAAUAAUAAUUUGUUGGGACAAAAUUCAAAAAAAGAUUCUGAAGUAACAUUAGAAUUCAUAAAUAAAGUAGAGAGUUGUUUAAAUAUAAUAGAUUUAACUUUUAAUGAAUUAAUUCACUUAAAUAAAAUAAAAGAUAUUUUUUGGUAUUUAUAUAUAAAAUCAAGAUACUUUCAAAAACUAAGUAUUGUAGAUUUUUGUGAGAUGUUAAAAGAUAAAAUAGACGAAAAGAUAAAUAAAAAUUAUUUCAUGGAAUAUGUAACAAGUGAAAACUUUCAAAAUUUUAGUAAAUCAAAUUUUGAUAAUUUUGAAAAUAAAAUGAAAAUAUUGGAAAAUUUAUUUCAUUUAUUAAAAUCGUAUCCUUUAGAUUACGAUGAAAAUAAAGGAUGUUUUUAUAUAUUACAUCCACAUAAAAACAAAAUGUUCAAAAACUCUAAAUAUAAUAUUAUCAAAAAUAAAAUAAAUCAUCUUAAAUUAACAAAACAAGUUAGAGAAAAUUUUAAAAAUAGCUUUUUCUUUCUAGAUAAAAUAUUUAUUCCUAAAGAUGCCUUUUUUUUCGUAAAAGAUUCAGAAGAUAUUGGAUUGAGAGAUAAAGCAAAUAAAAUAAUUUAUGUACAUCAAGCUUUAGUUAAUGAUUUAAAGGAAGAUAUAAAUGAUAAAUCUAUAUUUGAAAACUUUUAUUCGUCAUGUCCUCCUUUUAAAUCUGACUAUUUUAGAUAUAUUCAAAAAAAAAGGAUUCAUAAUAAAAUUAGGAAAAUAAAAGAAUACAUAUUAUAUUAUUAUGAAUUUAAAUCUGUAAUAGAUUUCUUUGAAGCUUUACUAGAGUUCAACCAUGAGUAUAAGAAUUAUGAAAAAUAUAAUAAUUCUUUUUUAGCUUUUAACCUAACCAAAAAAAUUUAUGAGAAAUAUAUUAAAUUUAAAAAAAGAGAAAGCAACUAUAGCAUGCAGAAUACAAAUCAAAAUGACGAUAAUAAUAUAAUCUAUAAUAAAAAUGAAAGUAAUGUAAAUUUUAGUGUUGUUAAGUUAUCCAAAAAAAAUGAUAAUAACUGUAGCAUAAAUUCAGCAGGUAUAAAAAGAAUAAAUGAAAAUAAUAAAAAUGAAAAUUCGCAGUUUAUAUUAAGAAGAUGUUUUUCUUCAGAUAUGAAUGAAAGCAAUUAUGUUAAUCUCUUUUUGAAGUUUAAAAAAGAUAAAGAGAAAGAUUUUAAUGAAGAAAACAAUUCGGAUAAUAAUAAUAUAUACGAAAGAAAUGAAUCAAAAACAUUAAAUAAAAAUCAACAUGAUAAGGAUAUAAAAAGUAGCGAAAUUUUUUCAAAAAAAAAAAAUUUCACUGAAAGUUCUAAUGAAAACAACAAUAUAAUAGAUGAAAAUUCUUCCAUAUAUUCGAAUUUCUUUAACAUGGUUGAUACUCAUAAAAAAGUUAAGGAAAUAAGUUUUGAGAUGUUCAAAAUAUUUAUUGAAAAUUUAGGAAAAAUAAAAAAAUUCCCAAAUUUCACAUCAAUUGAUGAAUGCUUUUUAGGUAUAUGUUUUUGCGACCCUGAUGUGCCUAAACAUAUAUUUAGUCAAAAAAAAAUAUUACCCAAAAAAUUUAACUUUAAUGGUUUUAUGAACUGUAUGAGAUAUAUUCCAUAUAUUACACCUGAUUUUCCCAUACCGACUUGUUAUUUUUCAUCAUUAUAUAAUAAUGCAGAUAUAUUUAAUUCAAGAAGUGAUUAUAUUAAUAUAUUAAAAUAUAAAGGAAAAAAUAGUAUAAAGAUUCAACUAAGAAAUAAAAUUAUCUUAGAUAUAAUAAAAUUAUUUGUAUUAAUAUCAUGGAGUUUUGGUGCUAAUACAGGGAUGUUUAACGAGUCUGUAGGAAUUCCAUCUGAUAAGACAGUUGACAUGGUUGAUUCUUCGUAUUAUAUAAAUUAUAGAUAUUGUUUGAAAAAGAACAAAAUAAAUACAAAUAAUAAUGAAAACUCGAUAUCUUCUAAUAGCGUCUCAGAAUAUUUUUCAAGUAGUGAAGAAAGUACAGAAAAUGAAAAAGAAAAUGAUACUACAAUUAAAGGAGAAAGUGAUAAUGAAAAUAAUAAAAAUUUUAAGUUAAAAAAUGAAGAAAUAUAUAAUCAUUUGAAUACAUAUAAAGAGUAUGAAACAUCAAGUAAAAAUUUGAAACAUCUUUAUCAAUAUAAUACUUACAAUAAUACACAUGAUUAUAAUAAAAAUGAGAAAAAUGAUUCAUUUGAACAAUUUUUUUUAAAGAAAAAAAAAAAAAUGUCUUAUAAACUUAUACCAAAGUGGCAUAUGUGUAAUGAUAUAUUUUUAUCUAGAUUAGUUUCUUAUGAUGAAAUACAAAUAUCCUUACAAAAAAUAUUUCCUUUAUUUAUGAUACAAACAGCAUUGAUUUAUAUGAUUCAUAUAUCAUGUUGUUUAUUAAAUGAUGAAGAAUGGAAACAUUUUUUUGAAAGCCCUUUUACUUUGUAUAAGAAAUUAACUCCUGAAGAAAUUGCUAUGAGAUAUAUAAAAUUAAAGGGAUAUAAAUUUUACAAAUUGAGUAGGAUUAAGCUAAAUAAGAAUAUUGAUAUACAUCACGUUUUUAUGAAUAUUCCUGAAAAUAUGCAAUGUUAUGAAAUAUAUAAACUAGCAAUAAAUGGAGAAAACACAUCUACCGGUUAUUUGGCAGAACCAUUUGAUAUUUAUCAUCUAAUGUUUGUCUCAAAAGUUUUUUGGUAUAUUUUUAGGUAUACAGACAAUUUUCUUAUAUUAAGAUCAACUUUAUUAUAG